AUAUCCUCUAAGCUUAUAUACAUUCUUUCUAUUCCUAGGUUUUACUAACUGAGAGCGACCAAAAAUGGGUCUAAGUAAUACUAUUCCCUCGCUUUUACUGUCGAUUUUGAUGUUUGGAGCCUUGGGUAUUGCUCAACUUAGCUCUGAUUUUUACUCCAACACGUGCCCUAACGUCACAAUCAUCGCUCGGAGUCUAAUCGAGCAAGCUAGCCGUAGCGACGUCAGACUCACUGCUCAAUUCACGCGACUUCACUUUCACGACUGUUUCGUGAACGGGUGCGAUGGUUCGGUACUGUUGGACGCUGCUCCUGCGAAUGGAGUAGAAGGUGAAAAGAAGGCUUUUCAAAACGAUAAUUCUCUUGAUGGAUUCGAAGUGAUCGACGAUAUUAAAACUGCACUCGAAAACGUUUGCCCUGGAGUUGUCUCUUGCGCCGAUAUCCUCUCUAUCGCAGCUGAAAUCUCUGUCUCACUGUGUGGAGUGAUAGCCAAUCGUCUGCACAAUUUUAGUGGGAACAACGAACAGUCGGACCCGAGCAUUGAACCCGAGUUCUUGCAAACGUUGCGACGAAAAUGCCCGCAAGGCGGAAGCCUCACCGCUAGGGUUAAUCUUGAUCCUACGAGCCCGGACUCAUUUGAUAACGACUAUUUCAAGAACCUUCAAAACAAUCGUGGAGUAAUUGAAUCGGAUCAAAUCUUGUUCACUUCGGCAGGAACACCUACUGUGUCUUUGGUGAAUGGUUAUGCAAAGAGCCAACGUAGGUUCUUUAGAGCUUUUGCUAAAUCAAUGAUCAAGAUGGGAAAUGUAAGGACUCUCACAAGAUCUGAAGGAGAGGUUCGUAGAGACUGCAGACGGGUCAACUAA